GGAUGAUAAUACUGACUUGAAUGAAACAGAACAGAUAUGGCAUGAAAGAGCAGAAAUGUUUUUUCCAAAUCCUGAAAAUUUCGACGAAUAUGAAUCUGUGCAGAAUUUUAUAACUUUAAGCCGUAACGAGUAAUGUUUUGUGAUAUCGGCAUUUCAUUCUGAACCAAUUCUUGUUGCUUGCUUUAGUUCCAAGUCAGAAAUUUAAACGACCCCUUUUUUAAAACAGAAAAAAAUAGCACCAACAAUGAUGAAAUUUUUACACUCCAGAAAAUUGGCUGUUCACUUAAAACAAGUCCAUCUACUGAAGGAUCCCAUGGCAGAUUGCCACUUUUUGCAUGAAUGCAUUCACCUCAUUUUUCAUUAAUUCUUCUUCUGCUGUUUUCUAAUCGGCUAUUGCUUGAAUUUCCUUCCGUCCAUUAAGUGGAAAAUCUGGUUUUGCUGUUUCCGAAAGUGCUGAGCCUCAAUUUUCCGCGCGUUUAAGAACAUGAAAAACUUCCAGGUGACAGAUAUGUCUAAGUUGGCAUUGAGUUGAGAUUUUCUUCCUAUGAUUUUUGAGAUUAAUUGUUACGCUUGUUCAAGAACUCACUGCUGUUGAUGAAUUUGUAAUGUAAUUUCUGAUUCUGUUUCCAACUGCAUUUGUCUGGCAUGCGUUUCGUGCUCUCGCCAAAGGAUGUUCCGUUGCUUCUCGCUCCUGCGAAUUUACUACUUUUUACUGUAGUUUGAUAGGUUUGAAGUGGCCAAAAAAUUUGUUUCUUAUACCUACCGAUAGCUUUAGAUCGCGACUCUGUGUUUCUUACAGUGACUCCCUUUGUACUUUGUGUCACCAGAAGAUAUUUAUCUUUUUGUGAUUGGUCCACGGCGUGAUUUUUAGUGAUUAUAUAACUGUUUUGUCUUGUUUCGAGUCUUAUCAGCUCGUUAUCAGCACUUUUUAACAAAACUUGACACCGCUGCUGCAAUCCAUGCACAUGUCAGAACUGCUUAUCUAAACUCUGCUUAGACUGUUUAUUCUUUUUUAUUUCGUUCGUGUUACAUAUGCUGCACUAGACUUGCCUUUUUACUAUUUCUAUGUAGUCGGUCUAUUUAAUUUUUGCCUCGGUAAACAACAAAGGCUUAUCAUGUCUUCGUUCAUCGUUUUGCCGGAAUAUGUUUGCAAGCAUAAACUAGAAUUCAAAAACUGUGAAUCUUGCCAAAAACUCAAUUAUGUACAACUACCUUGCCAACAUCGAGAGGCUGGAUAUUUAUGCGAUACUUGCUAUAAAUUAAUCCUUUUUAAUGAUGAAGAUAAACUCCCCUGCUAAGUUCGGGAAUGUGUUAUGAGGCGUGGAUCGUUGGACUAUUUAAAGAAACAUCAUCCUGGACUCUUUAGUACUCUCCUUACAGAAUACUCACAGCUAUUUCAGUCUCCCAGUUUACCUCAGGCUAUAAGCAUAUCUGAUCGGAACAAGCUAGCAUCAGUGACCCAAACUUCCGACUUCUCUGCACCAUCUUCAUCGACUCAUAAUCAACAGUCUAACCAGACUAGAGAUGAUUCUCAACAAACUGAUAAAUCAGCCAAAAUGUCUUUUCUUUCCAGAAAAAAAAUUGCCUCUUCCAGUUUGAAGGAAAUUUAAAAUGCCAACACAAUAGACUUUUAUUAUCUUGUAAUUCUUGUUUGCCUAUGUCAUUGGCUGAUCUUAAAGACAAGUCUGAAUGUCUGCAUAGAGUCCCAAUUUUUGAAUGCAAUCAUUGUAAACAACUUGUUCUAGUGCUAAGAAGAGGAAAAGAAUAUGCGCCCACUAAAGUAAUUACUAAAGCUGAUUAUAUCUCCCUUAGUCUAAAAAACCAGUUACUAAAAAACCUAAAUUAGACCCUAUAUCGAAUGAUAAUAAUAGCCAUAAUAAAACUAAUAAUGAUACCCUACAGAAUAAAGUGCCCCAAGAAUCAAAGCCAGAAAAUACCAAAAGAAGUUUCAAAGUCCUUUCAAUAGAACCAGAAGUGGAAAAAAUGGAAACUGAAACAGAAAUAAUAAACUCAGUAAUAGAAAAUAAUAACUCCAAAGAAGAAAAUAACCUUGACGCCAAGAAUGAAAACCAAAAACCUCCUCCAAUCUUUAUAAUGCAUGAAAAUCCAGAAGAAAUUAAGAAGAUACUCAAAGACUACAAAUUCGAUUUCCUUUUAAAAGUUAGCUCUAAAAAACAAACAAAAAUUGUACUAAAGUCAAUACCAGAGCACAGGAUCUUAGCCCAAAAAUUAAAUGAACUAGGAAUCGAAUUUUUUACCUUUCAAAGUUUUAGUGGAAAAAUAACAAGAAGAAUUAUUCGAGGACUACCGAUCAAUUUUGAUAAAGAAAUCCUCAAACUAGAGCUAGAAAAACAUGAACCAAUAGAAGUUAAAAAUAUCCAACAACUCCGACAUAGAUUCACUAAAGCACCGAUCCCUCUCUUUAAAAUAGAUAUUAAAAGUAAUAAUAACGCUUGGAAAAAAUUAGAUGAGAUAAAAAUAAUUAAUGAAUAUGAAAUUAAGAUAGAAAGAAUAGGGAUCAAACAAAUUGAUAUUCCUAUCUGCAAAAAUUGCCUCCAAUAUGGAUAUACAAAGAACUUUUGUUACCGUAAAAUAAUAUGGUUAAUCUGCAACGAUCAUCAUUUUAGUUCAGAAUGUGAGAAAUCUAAACAGAGUGAGUGGAAGCCUGUGUGCUUGCACUACAAAGAACAUCACUUUACGACCUGGAAGGGUUGUAAAUUUUACAAGAAAUUAAGGAAGCAGAGAAUACACCAAUAUAAAAAAGUUGCAGAAGAAUGUAAAAAUAUAAUACUAGAAGAAAAGACAUUUAGCAGAUAGGAUUAAGACCCAAACCCAAGAAGACGAGAAUUUCUCAAAUAAAAAUAAAAUUAGUAAUAAUGAUAUUAAAAAAUUAAAAAAUGAAGUUAGUUAAAAUCUAGAGUUAAAAUAUUAGGAGGAAUUCUCUUGUCUUAAAAAAGAAAUAAUCUCUCUGAGAAGAGAGAUCGUAGCAUUGAAAACAAAGUUAACCCCAUCUUAGACGAGAUGCUACGAGUCUUUAAUUGUUAACAUUAGUUAAAAGCUGUUCCUUAUCUCAUUUGAUAAAUACCAACACUCUGGAAACAGAGAGUGGAAUUAUUAUUAUUACGUAGUUGCCCUUUCCCAAAUAAUUUUUGGAUUGCUUUUUCGUAGUUCAUAAACAGUUGUAUCUAUAUCUGAUUGUCAGAUGAAUUUAAUUCUGUUGGAGGUUAACCAUUCCUCAGUGAUUCGUAGAUAGUACCAUAUCCGGAAUUUUUACCUUCCGUGUGUAGGUUUUGUCGGAUAUUGCUUGACUCCCUGUUAUGGAAAUCUUCAUUGAUUCCUAAACAUUGCAGAUUUGGACUCUUCGAAAGUCCCAGUUGCUCCGUAUAUAUAAAUUUUGAUUUUAUUGAUAAGUCGUUUAAUCUAGUCUGAUGUCUAUUGACUCAUCGCUCAUUAGCAGCUGUACAUAUCGGCAAUAUAAUCCAAGAGAUUGAAGCCGUAAUAGAUUAAGUUUAAGUUCAGUAUUUAUUGUAUAAAUCCUUGUAUUUUUUCUUGAUCUCUAAAUUAUAAUAAGAAAAAAAAAAGAAAAAAAACUGCAUUUGUCUGACCACAUUUCUUAUUAAAGCUUUUAGUGAUGAAGGUGUCAA